CCAUCCGCAGAUCCAGAAUGAUCUCCAAACCCAACUGCUCCUCGACUGAUUCCACAACACCAAGGUGCAUCCAAGACCUAUUAUGCAACACCAGCGUCACGUUAAACCUCACCGAGAUGGAGAUCGAAGACUUCUGCCUCGACCAAGACGAGUAUCUGGAGAAAUACCUCGGGCCAAGACGAUCCCCAGUGUUCCUGCCUGUAUGCCUGACCUACCUCCUGAUCUUCCUGGUGGGAGCGGUGGGAAACAUCCUUACCUGCAUUGUCAUCGCUAAAAACAAAGUAAUGAGGACGCCGACUAACUUCUACCUGUUCAGCCUGGCCAUUUCGGAUCUUCUAGUGCUUCUGCUGGGAAUGCCUUUGGAGCUUUACGAAAUGUGGAGCAACUAUCCGUUCCUUUUAGGCAAGGGCGGAUGUUACUUCAAGACUCUUCUCUUCGAGACUGUUUGCUUUGCCUCAAUCUUGAACGUAACUGCGUUGAGCGUUGAACGCUACAUCGCUGUGAUUCACCCACUCCGAGCUAAAUACGUAGUAACCCGCACUCAUGCGAAACGCGUGAUAUUAAGCGUCUGGAGCAUUUCCGUGCUUUGCGCCAUUCCCAACACGAUCCUCCACGGUAUAUUCACUCUCCCGCCUCCUAAAGGGAAAGCAGCAGGAGUCAUGCUCAACUCCGCCACAUGCAUGCUCGUGAAGCCGCGCUGGAUGUACAACCUGAUCAUCCAAAUCACGACUCUGCUAUUCUUCCUGUUUCCCAUGUUGACCAUCAGCGUUUUGUAUCUGCUCAUCGGCUUGCAGCUCAAGCGGGAGAAGAUGCUGCAGGUCCUGGAGGCCAAAGCCAGUUCGGGCCAGGACAGCUCAUCUAAUGUGCGCAGUCAGCAGCAGAAAACCCGUCGCCAGCAGGUCACCAAGAUGUUGUUUGUUUUGGUGGUGAUGUUCGGCAUCUGCUGGGCUCCGUUUCACACCGACCGCCUGAUGUGGAGCUUCAUGGACCAGAAGGACAGCGAGCACAUCAAGAUCUUUGAGGUCUACGAGUACGUCCACGUCAUCUCCGGGGUCUUUUUCUACCUGAGCUCGGCCAUAAACCCCGUCCUCUACAAUCUGAUGUCCACCCGCUUCAGGGAGAUGUUCAAAGAGGUGAUGUGCCACCACAAAUGGCGUCCCGUCCCGAGAAAGCGCUCUCUGAGCAUGACCAGAGUCACCGUUCGCAGCACCGUCAGUGACGUCCCGCCAUGCAACGGCAACGUGACUAUUGAAGGAGACGAUUAUGACGUGGAUGAAGGCCAAGAAAAUAACAACUGUCCCUAGGAUUGGAUAAAAUGCAUAGUAUUAUAUAUUAGAAGUGGCUAAAUUAAUACUGCAGCUUUAACAUUGAGUAAAAUGGUAAACAGAAGUAUAGUUGUAUAUAAUGCCAGGUUCAGACUACAGUUUGUUGAUAUAUAUUUUGAUUUCUGAUGAAACGUGUUGCUUCCCAGCCAAUCAUUGCUCACCAUUUAUAAUGACAAGUGUGAUGUCACUAAGAAGGCGGGACUUGCAACUUACUUCAGAACUAGUGCUUAUUCUUAUAGUUAUUUUUAGGGAUAGUUCACCCAAAAAUGAAAAUCUAUACACUGUUUACAAAAAAAAAAAGCGUUUCUUUUUCUUGACAGGGUAUAUACAGCCAUCAGAGGGUAAAAUUCAAUACCUUUAGGUCUGAACAGGUAACAUUGGCCACAUUUUAAAUAUAUUCACUAAAUAGUGAUUGUAAACUAAUCCUAAACUAAAACAUUAUUCACAUUUGGGGGCCCUAAGCAGAAUAAUUUUGGGGCCCACCUUGCUCUAAAUCAGAGGUUCUCAACCCACCACUUUGUCUAAAAUGUAUGUAUGAAAUGCUCAUUUAAACCUUUAGUUACUAACAAAUAGUAUACUAUACGUCUGCGCCAAUAGCCUAGUGGUUAAGUGCGCUGACAUAUAGCACCGAUGUGCUUGCAGCGACCCGAGUUCAAUUCCCAGUUCGAGGUCGAUCCUUCCGCUAUCUCUGCUCCCCACACUUUCCUGUCUAAAUCUCCACUGUCCUAUCAAUAAAGGUGAAAAUCCCUAAAAAUAAUUAUUAAAAUAAAUAGUAUACUAUAUUAUAUUAUUAUAACAAAUAUAUAUUAUACAUUUGUUGUGCCUUCUAUUAUUUUCUAUUAUCAUUUCAUUAAAAAAAUAUCAUUUUCUUUCAAUUUAAUUAUAAAUAAAUCUAAAACUGUGUUAUAAAUCAUUGUAUGUAUUUAAAAAAUAAAAAAACAUACACCGAUUUAAAGAGAACCACAGGUCAACAGGGAGAUUGCAAAAGACGAGCUUCUGCUUUAAACUGGACUGACAAAACUAUACAGACAAAUGUAAAAUACAGGAAAACACCCUAAAUAUAUUAAUAUUAAAUAUUAAAUAAUAUAUUAAAGAUAUUAUUGGGAGAUCGCUAACAGAAACAUUGAACAGCUCCGCCAGAGCGCGUCUGAAGCUCAUAUGUAAAUGUAUUUACAUUCUAUGUCCGAAACACCAUUGAGCCUUGUUAGAUCCUCCUGUAUGGGCGCGCGUCCGUUAUAAAACACUCACAUGACAUUAAUUUUGACAAAAAUACACAAAGAGACACUUUCACUUGACGCAUAGUUCGUGAAUGAACUACAGAGUUGUGUGUACUAGUUGCAGUUGCGAUCAUGAGGCUGUGUUUGCGCCGAGUUUAAAGUAAUCAGAGAACAGGAGAAAGCGCAUUACUUUGAUCAUUUUAAUACAGCAUAUUAUAAUGCAAUCCAAAAGUUAUAGUAUAAUAUUGAGAGUUGAUUUUAAUCUCACGGCCCACCUGCAGGAUCGCCGAGGCCCACCGGUUGAGAAUCCCUGCUUUAGGUCUCAAACUCAAUUCCUGGAGGGCCGCAGCUCUGCAUAGUUUAGCUCCACCCACCUCCAACUCACAGCUGCUUAAUAGUCUCUAGUAGUCUCGAACACCUUGAUUAGUUGGAUCAGCUGUGAUCCUUGAUUAGGGUGGAGCGAAUCUGUGCAGAGCUGCGGCCCUCCAGGAAUCCAGUUUGAGACCAGUGCUCUAAAUAGUGGAGUAUUGCCAUUGCAAACCAGCCCACGGUGAUUUUACUGCUUAUUAAAUGCAAUCAAUGAAACAGAAAAGUAAAGCCUGAUUUAUUCUACUUAAUAACUGUCUGAAUGACUUGGACAUUUUAAAACAGCACUGUUUCUGUCAACUAGCAGCUUAAAAAAUUAACAAUUAAACUAUCUUUAAUAAAGGGACCAGUGAUUCCUACUUUGCGUCCUUCUGGAGUGUUUAAAACAUAUUCAAUUAAUUUAGCAAACAGAUUGAGGAUUCUAUAGCUAAAAAUUCUGAGGUUUUAUUUAUUUAUUUUUUAUUAAUUUCGAAAGCAAAAACCCUGCAUUGAAACGACGCUGAACGAUAAUUAGCCAAAAGUGAAAAUACAUUACUUAGUAAUACAAUAUACAUUCUGAGUACUAAAAAAAACUAAAAAUUAACAUUAAUUUAA